AUGGCAGAGACUAUCCUCAGUGUUUUUGCUGACGAAAUACUAGGCAAGCUGAUUUCAGUUGCUACUGAGCAGAUCAGCCUUGCUUGGGGUUUCAAGGAGGACCUGACACGGCUUCUUGACUCAUUAGAGAUGAUUCAAGAUGUGUUGGCUGAUGCAGAGAGAAGGCAAGAGAGUGACCGGUCCGUGAGGCGUUGGCUACAGAGGCUUAAAGAUGUUGCUUAUGAUGCUGAUGACGUGCUGGACGAGUUUGCUUAUGAGAUUCUCUGUGACAAUGUGGCAAGAAUCAUAGAGACACUUCCUCGACAUCACUUGAAUAAACUACAAGAAGAAGAAUGUUGGUCCAUAAUCAAGAAAAGAGUAUCUGCAAUUCCAUUAAAUCUAGAUUUGGAGGCCAUUGGAAGGAAAAUUGCUAAAAAAUGUGGAGGGAUUCCAUUAGUAGCAACAGUUUUAGGAGGGACAAUGUCACGUAAAAAGGAGAAAAAGCUUCCAAAAGACCUGAGGAAAUUGAUUAACUUGAGACAUAUUUAUAUCAAGAGAACACCUAAAGAUAUAGGGAAAUUGACGUGUCUACAAACAUUGCCAUUUUUCACUGUGGGUCAAGACGCAGUUCAUAGGAUUGAAGAAUUGGGAUGCUUAAAUCAACUUAGAGGAGAAUUACACAUCUAUUGUGUAGAGCACGUGAGAGAUAAAGAAGAAGCCAGAAGUGCAAAUUUACUAGAAAAGGCCAAAAUAUACAAGUUGGGAUAUUAUUGGAGUGAGAAAAGUGAAGGCAACCACAAUAAUGACGAAGAGGUGUUGGAAGGUCUCCAACCUCAUCGAUAUUUGAAGAGCUUAACAAUCCAAUACUAUCAAGGAAAGAAAUUCCCACCAUGGAUGUUGACAGGUCAAAAUGCUAGGCGUGGUUUUUCGCUAUUUGACAAUUUGAUCGAGAUCAAAUUAAAGGCCUGCAACAAAUGUGAGGUUCUUCCCACACUGGGGCUUCUAUCCUCUCUUAGGGAUCUUGAAAUCAUAGAAAUGGAGAACCUAACAUGCAUAGGUACUGAGUUUUACGGCAACUAUAAUAAUGACGACAACUAUAAUAAGGGCAGUUGCAGAAAUGCAUUGUUCCCAUCGUUGAAAAAACUUUGUUUGCAGAGCAUGCCCAAUCUAGUGGAAUGGAAGGACGCAACGGGGCCAACAAGGACGACAGGAAUGGUGUUUCCUUGCCUUGAGGAGUUGAUCAUUCGAGAGUGUAGCCAACUCACAAGUGCUCCAUGUCAUUUUCCAUCCCUUGAGAAAUUAGAUAUACGCAGAAUCUGCAUCACGGCAUUUGAACAGAUUAGUAGCAAGCUUGACAGACUCGGGUCCCUAUGUAUUUCUAAUAUUUCAAAACUUGCUUCUAUACCAGAUCAGCUUUUGCAAAAAAGUUGGAUGCAUAUGGAGAUAUGGAAUUGUGAUGAUUUAGAGUCCAUCUGCAUAUGCAAUUGUGAUGAUUCGGAGUCCAUCUCGUCACAUGAGAGUCCACAGUUCAUACGCUACAAUCUCAAUUCGCUCCAUAUAUAUGGAUGUGAGAAAUUGAGUUAUUUCCCGGAACUCAGUAUCCAUGAGGAGUUGAAAGUAGAGCGUUGUCCUAAUCUAAAGUGA